AUGAAGACACAGAAAUUGUUACUAGAAUUCCAGAAUGUGUUUUCCGAGACACUAGGCAAGUUUAAAAAUAAAAAAGUAAAAUUGGAACUUGAGGAAGAUGCUAAGCCUGUUCUUUGUAAAGCUCGAUCGCUACCAUAUGCCUUAAAGGCAAAAGUAGAAGAGGAAAUUAAGCGGCUGGUUUGUGAAGGAAUAUUGGUUCCAGUUAAAGAUAGUGAAUGGGCCACGCCUAUAGUCCCAGUCAUCAAGAGUAACGGACAGGUGCGGAUUUGUGGUGAUUUUAAGAUCACAUUAAAUCCCAAUUUAAGGAAAAAUAGACACCCAAUACCCAGGAUUCCAGAUUUGUUGUCAAGGAUUGAAAAUGGCGUAUGUUUGUCAAAGAUUGAUUUAUCGGAUGCAUAUCUACAGUUGGAGCUUGUGGAGGAAUCAAGAGAGUUAGUUGUUAUCAAUAUGUUAAAUUUCUAUCAUCCGGGAUAUUAA